AUGUCGACGCUGUCGCACCCGUCCCUCGUGCGCGCCCUCGCGAUCCACGAGUCCCAGACGAGCCUCACGUUCAGCAUGGAGUGCUGCGACGGCGGGUCCCUCGAGAGCCACGUGGCGGGCCACGGGGCGAUCGCGCCGGCCGCCGCGGUGCCGCUGGCGAGGCAGGUCCUCGAGGGCCUGGACUACCUGCACGGCAGGCGGAUCGUGCACAGGGACAUCAAGCCAGACAACCUUCUGCUGUGCAGUGGGACCACGACGGUCAAGAUAGGGGACUUCAACAGCGCGAAGCAGAUCGGGGACCUCGCGUCGCUCACGGGCGCCAUGCUGACGGACCGCGGCACCCGGCUGUACAGCGCCCCUGAGCUCCUGGCCGCGCACGGCUGGAACGAACGCGUGGACAUCUGGUCUUGUGGCCUGAGCGUGUGCUUCAUGCUCCUCGGGCGCCUGCCCUUCGAUCCGGACUGCGGCCGCGUGGGCAAGGCCCGCGGGGAAGGGGAGAAACGGAGAGGCGAGCGCGAGAGCGACGGGGGGCGGCGAAGGAGAGGGGAGGAGGACGAGGAGCACGGGGAGGAAGAGACAGGAGCAGUGGGGAGGGAGGAGGAGGCGGAGGAGGGGGAGGGGGAGGGGGAGGAGGAGGGGGAGGGGGAGGAGGAGGAGGGGAGGAGGAGGAGGAGGAGGAGGAGGAGGAGGAGGAGGAGGAGGAGGAGGAGGAGGAGGAGGAGGGAGGAGGAGGAGGAGGAGGAGGAGGAAGGAGGAGGAGGAGGAGGAGGGGGAGGAGGAGGAGGAGGACCAGUGUAUACCCAAGGCUCAGCAACGAUGUUGGAAUACACACUCCCUCCAAGCUCCCUCGUCGUAGGCCCCUACAAGGGCUCAUUUCCACUUCGGGAACUGCCUCGUUGGGAGAUAACAGUUUGCAUACCUUGA